UUUUUUUUUUUUUUCUUUUUUCCUUCAUCUUCGUUUUGCCGUUUCCCUCUAUGAUUUAAACGAAAGAGCAACAGCCGGCAAACAGCCCAACUCCGCGCCCGGUUUUGCUCCCCCCAGCCUGUAUUUUUAUGGCCGCCCUCCCUUCCCUGCCAGAGGCACUUACGUUUCCUCCUUGGGUUAUAAACUUUUGAUGCCAGAUCUCCGCAGCGCGUGCACAACUGAAUCUUAAAGUAGCGUCUCGGAGCAGCCACGCAUCUGUGACCUUCAUCUCUUGCUCUGCACCUCCUCUCCUCCUCUUCCUCCUCCCCCCCGGCCCUCCCGUCCUCCUCCCUCACCCAAGGAUACUGGGGACUCCCUCCGGAUGCCGCUCGGCAGGCUCAGCGCUCGCAGGCUGCCUUGCCGGGGGCUCUCCUGAUCUCCGUGGAGCUCCGCAUCGCUCGCCCCGGUGGUUUUGCUCCCCACCGUCCCCGCACACACGCACCCCUUCCCUCCUCUUCCCCCCCACCCCCACCCCCCUUUUCGCUCCUGGUGGCCUUGUCGGGUGUGUUUUUUGCCUGUUGGAAAAGUCCCUGCUGGCCAGGAUGGGGGUCGGUGGGUGCUUAGCCCUGCCCUGGAGGUGCCUAGUCGUCCUCUGUCUCAGGCUGCUCUUCCUUGUGCCCGCAGGAGUGCCCGUGCGCAGCGGAGAUGCCACCUUCCCCAAAGCUAUGGACAACGUGACUGUGCGGCAAGGGGAGAGUGCCACGCUCAGGUGUACCGUGGAUGACAGGGUCACGCGGGUGGCGUGGUUGAACCGCAGCACCAUCCUGUACGCCGGCAACGACAAGUGGUCUAUAGACAACCGGGUGGUCAUCCUCUCCAACACCAAGACCCAGUACAGCAUCAAGAUACACAACGUGGAUAUCUACGAUGAGGGCCCCUACACUUGCUCCGUGCAGACAGACAAUCACCCCAAGACUUCGCGCGUCCAUCUCAUCGUGCAAGUUCCCCCGCAGAUCGUCAACAUCUCGUCGGACAUCACUGUCAACGAGGGCAGCAGCGUGACCCUCAUGUGCCUGGCCUUCGGCCGACCGGAGCCCACCGUCACGUGGCGGCACCUGUCCGGGAAAGGGCCCGGGUUUGCGAGCGAGGACGAGUACCUGGAGAUCACGGGCAUCACGCGGGAGCAGUCCGGGGAGUAUGAGUGCAGCGCCGUGAACGACGUGGCUGUCCCGGAUGUGCGGAAAGUCAAAGUCACCGUCAACUACCCGCCGUACAUCUCGAACGCCAAGAACACGGGCGCCUCGGUGGGCCAGAAGGGCAUCCUGCAGUGCGAGGCCUCGGCCGUCCCCGUGGCGGAGUUUCAGUGGUUCAAGGAGGACACCAGGUUAGCGAACGGCCUGGAGGGCGUGCGGAUCGAGAGCAAGGGCCGCCUGUCGACGCUGACCUUCUUCAACGUCUCGGAGAAGGACUACGGCAACUACACGUGUGUGGCGACAAACAAGCUGGGCAACACCAACGCCAGCAUCAUCCUGUACGGGCCCGGAGCUGUGCACGACGGCGGCAACGCGGCGUCCCGGGCGGCCGCCGGCCUCUGCCUCUGGGCCGCCCUCCUCGCUCGCCUCCUCCUCGACUUUUGAUAAGGGAGCGGAGGGUCCCGGGAGGCCCCGCCGCCCCUCUCCCCCGCCGCGGGCUCGGCCCGCCGCGCCGCCCGGGGACUCCUCUCCGUCGGACGGGCGAUGCGCCGGAGGAUGGGCAGCGGCGCCCGGCGUCCGAGGAUGGCCCCGCCUCCCGCGUGCCAGGAUCGUUCUCGCCGCCGGUUAUGCGCUGUACAGACCCCGCCACGUGCCACCAGACUGCCGCCCGCCACUGUCGCCCUGGGGAUGCGGACCGGCGCGGACAGGGCUUCCCGUGGCCGCCUGCCCCGGCCGCCUCAUCUGCCACACGCGGGGAGUGGAGCCGUCACCGGGGAUGUCCGUCUCGUCGUCUCGCUAAGCCGCCUAUGCCCAAAAAGACCCCUGGGCUGAAGCCCCCGGGCUCGGCCUUGAGCCCGCUUGGUCCUGAAUGUCCGUCGUCGCCACCAAAGCUCAUCCCUAAGUGCCCCCGACAUCGCCCCGACCUGUUGCCUGGCCCCGUGGGGCAGCCCGACUGUGACCCUCCCGGCCCUGUCUGAGCAGAUUGCCCAACGCAGCUCAUCGUUAUCCCUCAAGGUCCAGGCACCUCCCGCUACGCCUUCUCCCCGCUGCCGUCACGCCCCGCCUCCCCAAAACCACCUCGCCUUCCUGAGGGUGCGAGGCUGCUCUCCCAGGAACCUGAGCCCUGGAGGCCGCCGGCAGCCCUCACGGGGACGACGGCUGUCCUGGUUGCCGAGCCAUCGCCCCCUCCUCGCUCCGGACCCCGGCCCGCUCCGCUGCUGCCCCCCGAACGCUGGGACCUGCCCCGCGGCUCUCGCCCCGAUGCGCUGUCUGCGCCGAUGGGGCGGGUUCCCCCCAACUCGUUUCUAAAGUGCUUUCCGCCCGGCACAUCAAAAGCACAGCACAACCUACACGAGGCAGAGACGCUGAACUACACGGCCGAACGCCACGCGACAAACCCCCUUUCCUACUGCUCCAGCGCUCCCGUCCCCCUGCACGCGCCCGGAGGGGACGCGAUGGCGUGCUUCCCGCCUCGAGGUCCCUGCCUCGGCCGCGGCGUACGUCCCCGGUCCCUCUCUCGGCCUGGCCUCCCCGUAUCAUUGAGCCAAGCGUCUCUGCCUCCCCAAGGACAGCACAAAUGCGAGAGCCGGCCCCGAGCUGCAACGUCCCCGCUCUGCCUUUCCUCACGCCCGCCGCGUGCCCCUGCCUGAGGAGAGUCCGAUGUGUUUGAGCCGGCGGAGGAGGCUCCGGCUCCGCCCGUUCGCUGCCGCGUCGCGGCAGGGCCGAGGAUGGCUCCUCUCCCCGAGCUCGCUGCCGGCCGAUCCUCCCUGCCGCAGCAGACCUUCAACACCGCGGUGGAUGAGCCCCUCCUCUACCCUCUGCUUCCUCUGGCCACCCUGGAACGCUCCUCCCCGCCUUCCCCGCUGCCUGCCACGGCGACCGCCCUGCCUCCCUCGGCGGGUACGUGGCGGUGGCCCCAAGCCCUCCCGCCGCUGCGUGGGCGCUCGGGAAGGCUCUGGGGCUGCGGGUCUGGGGACGGACCCUCCCGUCCCGCUCCUGAAAAGUCACGCACGAUGCCAGACCCUCUACCCGCAACAGGGACGCGACUCCGCGGCGACACGCUGAGCAAGCACACAGAAACGAUCCUCGAUCCCGACCUAACACCUACCCCUGCCGGGACCUUUCCUUCUCCCUCCGUAAACGAGGUGGCUGAAGAACCUCGGCCGCGCACGUGCCGUCUUUCCCUUGCAAACUCUGCCGCUGCCCGGAGCUCCUCGCCCCGCCGUCCCGCUUUCCCUGGCUGUGAGGAAGCCGGGCCGAUGGCCCGCGGCGCACGAGAUCUAAACCGAUUCCCAACCCCGAGGCCGCGACGUGCCGCCGCCCCGUCCUCUGUUCCGCCGUGUCCCUGCUCUUGACGGGCCGCCCGGGUCUUGCGCUGACUGGCGCGUGGCGCAAGGCUGUCGCCAAAAACAAUCAACAGCUCCGCAAUCUCCGUCGACGCUCCCGCCCCCCGGCACCCUGGAUGUUCAACGUGUACCGCAACUGACCGGCAACGAACACGUGGCCCUGAGACGGGGACCUUGCCGGCGCCGGCCCGACGCGCUGGCUUACCUGCUGGGCUGGCCGUGGCGCUGACCGGGCGAGUCCGCGUCGCGUGGUCCCUGUGGUGCUGCUCUUCGCCGCCGGCAUCCCAGAAAGGCGGUACCGGCCGCGAUCCCCGUCCGACCCCGUGGCCACGGGCACCUUUGCAGAGCCGGGAUGCCGCCGUCUUCGGCUGGCACGGCACCGCCUGCGUCCUACCCCGUGUGCCAGCUCCGGAAGUACCCUUGGGCAUGGGAGACGCCUCGCCCCGACGCCGUCGGCCCGCCUCGCCGCCCCUCCUCUGCCGCCCCCGGACCUCGCCGGGUCGGCCCCAGAUUUCUCUCUCCCCGCGGCAGAAACGCUAAACUGGCCCCGGUCACGCGGGGCCGGAGGCAUCGCAGAGAGCGGAGGUGAUGACGAGACACCGUGGCGCGCCCCGAGGCUGGCGGACCCGGCGCUGAGGAGGCCCCCGCCCCGUCCUUCUCCUCCCUGGGUCAGCUCCCCUGUCCUCGUCAGCCAGGACGGCGUCAGACUUUCUCGUGCCGUGUAACGUGCCAUUGUGUGGAACGCGCUGGCCGUCCGAGACCGGCCCCGCCGUGGCUCGGCCGGGCGACGGACCCCGUCGCCGCCGCGUUCGGAUGCUCGGGGCUGGGGUGGAGGGGCGCCCGGGGCGGAGGGAGCGCGGCUCCCGGGGAGGGGGGGGAAGUCUCUCCUGCCGACGGCCAGUCUUGAGUUUCCGUCGAUCAUUGUAUUCCAAGGGUGGCUAUACUACCUGAGAUUUGUGCAUGUUACAUUGUAGUUGUAACCUUUUCUAAUUCGGCAAGAAUAAGAGAUGGUUGUGAUUGUGCAGUGUACCAAUAAAGUUUGACGAACUUUGUA